AUGCCGGCCAUCCUGACGAAGAUAAGGGAGCAGGCGUUCAGGGUGCAGCCGACUAUUGCCGUGGGCGUGGGCGUGGGCGUGGCCCUGGCCGCGUGCGCCGUGUACGGGACCCGCGAGAAGAAGCAGCCACCGGCAUGCCACAACAAUAACAAUUAUAAGGUGGCUAAGAACGGGACGCUCCAUUCGCUCCAGAAUGGGGGCACUGAGGAGAAGACUUGUGGCGGCAGAUGCGGGGCCGAGCAGUGCGCCCUGUGCCGAGGAGACGCCGACACAGACAACAAGCAGAACAUCGGGGAGGUGGAAGAAACUCCGGCACCCGAGGAGCACGUGCCCGGAUUGAACCUGGAGUUUCUGAGGCAGCUGAUCUCGCUGGCGAAGAUCAUGGUGCCGAGCGUACGGAGUCAGGAGGUGGCGCUGCUGACUGCGCACACCCUCUGCCUCUUCUCAAGAACCUUCCUCUCGAUUUACGUCGCGUCAUUGGAAGGGUCGAUUGUAAGACACAUAGUCCAGAAGGACUUGCGCAGUUUCACGUCCCUGCUGUUCCAAUGGUUCGGCAUCGCCGUGCCGGCCACCUUCAUCAACUCCAUGAUCCGGUACCUGGAGAGCCGGCUGGCCUUGGCGUUCCGCACCAGGCUCGUGAACCACGCCUACGACCUGUACUUCAAGAACCAGACCUACUACAGGGUCGCCAACUUGGAUGCCAGGAUAGAAAACGCGGACCAUAGACUUACGGAGGACGUGUCGGUGUUCACUCAGUCGGUGGCGCACCUCUACAGCUCGCUGACGAAGCCCUGCUUCGACCUGCUCCUCAUAGUCCUCACCCUCGCCAGCUACUCCAGCAAGAUGAAGGGCAACAUAUUCCUCGGUCCCGGCAUCGCGACCGUGGUGAUCUGCCUAACGGGUCAGCUGUUGCGGCUGCUCAGCCCCCGCUUCGGAGCUCUAGCUGGUGAGGAGGCGCGCAUGAAGGCCAACCUUCGCCAUGCGCACAGCCGCCUCAUCACCCACGCCGAGGAGGUCGCCUUCUACGGGGGCCAUCAGGUGGAACUGGGCCAGCUGCAGUCGGCCUACAAACAGCUGGUCGUGCAGAUGACGACCGUGUUCAACAAGAAGCUGUGGUACGUGAUGCUGGAGCAGUUCUGCAUGAAGUACGUGUGGUCCGGCACGGGGAUGGUGAUGCUCGCGCUGCCCAUCCUGACGGGGCGCAGGGGCGAUGAGAGCACCGACGAGGGUGUCAGCGCCCGAACUGAGUAUAUGACGACGUCCAGAAAUCUGCUUAACUCGGCUGCCGACGCCAUUGAGAGGCUCAUGUCCAGUUAUAAGGAGGUGGUGACCCUGGCGGGGUACGCGACGCGCGUGUCUGACAUGCUGAUGGUCUUCGGGGAGGUGGCCAGGGGGCGCUGCGUGAGGGCUGUUCAUGCAGCGCCAGCGCCAAAUGGCUUCCAGGUCACCUUCAGGGAGCGCCAGCCCGUGCCGCAAGGCAAGAUCACGUACACCAGCGACCUCUCGAUCCGGCUGAGGAACGUGCCCAUAGUGACGCCCACGUGCGACGUGGUGGCCAGCGGAGUGACCCUGGACCUGGCACCGGGCACCCACCUCCUCAUCGUGGGGCCCAACGGCUGCGGCAAAUCCAGCCUGUUCCGCAUCAUCUCCGGCCUGUGGCCGGUGUUCGGCGGCGAGCUGGCGGUGCCGCGGCCGUGCGCGUGCGCCCACUGCGCCGGCGAGCCGGCCGCCCCGCCCCACUGCUCCACGCGCCCCGUCAUGUUCUACAUACCGCAGAGGCCGUACAUGUCGAUGGGCUCGCUGAUCGACCAGGUGACGUACCCGUCGCGCGCUGCGCGCGGCGACGUCGCGGCGGAGGCGCGCGCCGCGCACAUCCUGCGCGUGGUGCGGCUCGACGCGUGCGCCGCGCGCCUCGGCGGGCUGCGCGCCACGGCCGACUGGCGCGCCACGCUCUCGGGCGGCGAGAAGCAGCGCCUCGCCAUGGCGCGCAUGUUCUACCACCGGUGCGUGUCAAUGCGACCCUCCCGCUCCACUCCUCUCUCGCUUCCCCCACCCCUCAACUCUCUAGCAGCGGCUCGCCAUGGCGCGCAUGUUCUACCACCGAUGCGUGCCACCCUGCACCUAUCUCCCGCUGCCCCAUUUAGUCCUAUCACUGUCCCCACCGCCCCUAUCAUUCUCCCCUCAGAUAUCGAGAAGCAGCGGCGAGCCGGCCGUCAAUACUACAAUCGCCUCGCCAUGGCGCGCAUGUUCUACCACAGGUGCGUGGCAAAUCGACCCUUCCCCAUCCACUCCUUUCUCACUUCCCCUCACCGCUCUACCCUCUCGCAGACCCUCAGAUCCCGAGAAGCAGCAUCUCGAUAUAGCGCUUAUGAUCUACCACCAGUGCGUCUCAACACCACUCCCACUUCUCUCGAUGCCCCCUCCGCUGCUGUAGCUGCCCUCUCACACUACGAGAAGCAGCGGCUCGCCAUGGCGACGUAUUCUACCACCAGUGCGAGUCAAAUAACCACCCCACCCCCUGCCCCACUCCCCGCCUCCGACUGGCCUCACAACCUCGACACCAUUGUCUGCAUCCGAAUGAUUGUCUAUCCAUCGUCCCCGCUUCAA